UGGAGAAGAGAGCAUCAGCUGUGCGGCGGCGUGUCGGGGCGGAGAACUUCUCUCCCUCUUCUCUCUUGUCUUUCGUUACCCUUAAUUCCUUUAAACGCCUUAUUUUUUUCAUUUUAUUUCUCUCAAUAGAACCUACGCCGCUGUUGCUUCCGCUAACAGCUCGGUUUAGUUUAAUUUCCCCCCUUUUUGGACCCACUCGGUCGGGAGAAUAUCCUAGCUAGUUUUCAGACAACUGGAGUGACUCGGCUAAGUUUCCCUGCGUUGUGCUUGAGGAAUGAGAGAGGAAGAGCCGAAAAAAGCCCACAGUGAGCGAACAAAAGGACAGAAAGAGAGGGAACUGCCGUCGCAAUGGAGGAAAACACUCUUCCAGAAGCAACAUCACCCUGCUCGCUUCUGAAAACAAACCUCUCACGGCCCGACCCAGAGGGUGAAAGCUGCCCCUUAAAAACUGUCAACACCCAGAAGAUGGAGUCUCCCAGUAAGAGGCUGACCACCCCGACAAAGUCUGACCUCAUCUCUCGGUCGCCUGGAUCACCAGCUUCACCCAAGCCCAAAAGAGACGUCACAAAGUCGGAGGAGAGGCAGAAGCUUGCAAAGGAACGCCGGGAGGAAAAGGCAAAAUAUCUGGAUGAGCUCAGCAAACUGCAAGCGGCCAAAAAGACCCAGUGGCUGGAGAAGGAGGAGAAGGCCCGGCAGCUGAGGGAGCAGCAGCUAGAAGAACGCCGCAGGAAGCUGGAGGAGCAGCGGAUAAAGGCAGAAAAACGCCGAGCAGCUUUGGAGGAAAGGCAAAAACAGAAACUUGAGAAGAACAAAGAGCGCUACGAGGCAGCCAUACACAGGUCAACUAAGAAAACGUGGGCAGAAAUCCGGCAGCAGAGAUCAUCACUGGCCGGUGCGCUAAACCACAGCUCCAGCCAGAAAGGCAGAUGCUCAGUUUCAGCGGUCAACCUGCCCAAACACGUGGACUCAGUCAUAAACAAGCGACUCUCCAAGUCCUCGGCCACACUCUGGAACUCCCCCAGCAGAACCCGCAGCCUUGCUCUGACUCCGUGGGAGAGCAGCAUCGUCGACCGGCUGAUGACACCAACGUUGUCUUUCCUGGCCAGAAGCCGAAGUGCUGCUAGCAUCCUCAGCAACGGCAAAGAUGGUCACUCUGCUCUCUGUCCUCGUUCGGCUUCAGCCAGCCCCCUCACCCUGUGUGCCCACCAGCCCCACCAUCGCUGCUCCGACCGCUGGAGGGUGACGUCCAGCACGCCGGACAUCACUCAGCGCAGACGCAGCUCCGCACCCAUGGAUAAAAAUAAGAAGGAAAAGAAAGACAAAGAGCGGGAAAACGAGAAGGAGAAAAGUGCCAUGACUAAAGAGAAGGUGCUGAAGAAGAGACAGUCUCUGCCCAGCAUGAGACACCGACCUGAUCCAAGUCUUUUAUCGAGACAACGGCGGGCUUCUCCGGCCACGCCCAAAGGAAGAACCACCUCUCCCAGUCCUGCCGCCUCCCCCAAACCGCCAUCAACCCGCGGGAGCCCGUCAACUCCUAAGGCCCGACCCAAAAGAGCCAGGACUCCAGCUAGGAUAGACCCCCGGACCGCCUCCCCCGCACCCCUCGAGAGAGUGAAGGAGCCUCGAAGGCCCGCCACCCCAGAGGAGAGAAAGAGUUCUCCUGCACCUCCAGCCAUUGCAGUUUCCUCCGCUGCUCCAGUCUCCAGCGUUCCAGUCCCAGGCAAUGCCGCUCCGUCUCUGUCCGAGCCUGUGCUGUCCACUCCGACCGCCCGUGCAGCAUCUCCGUCACCUUCUCCAUCAGCCAAACCCAUGGCCGGUACCAACGACCCGGAGGAGGCUGCUCGCAUACUGGCAGAGAAACGCAGACAGGCCAGGGAGCAGAGGGAGAGGGAGGAGCAGGAGCGCCGCGAACAAGAGGAGAAGGAGAGGAUUCUGAGAGAGGAGCGAAUAGCGAGGGAGGCAGAGGAGAGGCGGCGCAGGGAGGAGGAGGCCCGAAUCAUGGCCGAGGAGCAGAAGAAGAGAGACGAAGAGCAGCGGCUUCAGGAGGAGAGGGAGGCUCAGGAGAGAGCCAAAGCUGAACAGGAGGAAAGUCUUCGUCUGCAGAAGCAGAAAGAAGAAGCGGAGGCUAAAGCCCGGGAGGAGGCGGAGAAGCAGCGCCUGGAGAGGGAGAAACACUUCCAGAAGGAGGAGCAGGAGAGACUGGAGAGGAAAAAGCGUCUGGAGCAGAUCAUGAAGAGGACCCGUAAAACUGAUGGAGGUGACAAGAAGGAAACCAAUUCCUCCUCAACCAACGACAAACCGGCAGAGAGCGAUAAAGACUCUGCUGACUCUCAGCCAAAACCGGACAUCAGCCUGCCAAAUACCAAGACUGAAAAUGGACAAGCUGGUAUCAAAGAAAGCAGCCUCUCGCUGGUAAAUGGAGUCCAGCCCACGAGACAUGAAAACGGCCUGUCCACUAAAGGAGACGCCGCCCAUUUUAACAACUUUGUCCACCUCACAAAUCAGGGCAACACCACUAAGGGAGACAACUGUGAGACGAGCGUGGGCAGCGAGCCCAUCCUCUCUUUUGAGAGUGAGGAGACUUUUAUGAAAAAAGCAGGCCCCAUGAAGCCUCAGCAUGUUGCAGAAGUCCUGUGAUGUAUUCUGGUGUUGAAGGACUCGUUGGCCUUAGACGUCCCCUAGCCCUGCCAACGCUCGCACAGCGAGCCCUGUGACCUGUGCCAAUCGUGCAUCUUCGUCUAUUCUUCCGAAAGCAAACACGCCGCUCUCGAGGGGACACGGGACGCAGACGAAGAGGUCUGAUCAUGACGCAAGUGACAGACGGGACGAGAAUGUGUUGCUUCAUCCAGCUCAAUGCAUCAGUGUUAUUGUUUUUGAAGAUCGUUGUGGCACUGAAGCAGCACGCCUCUUAAAUAAACAUCACCGUCACAGUUCAGCUGAUAAAUAGUUGUUUUUUUUUAGUUAUUUAACUGAGAGUGCUUUUAAGACUGGACAUGUUUGUGAAUAUUGUAAAUGAACCAGUCUGUAGCUGCACACUCUAUGAAAGGCAGUGCGGCUCUGCUGUGAGUAGAUCUAACUAAAACCUGGGUUUUAUACAUCCUGGUUUGUGUAAAAUACCUGUAAUUGGGUUUGUAAAGUUCCAGGAAGCUAAACUGAAACUGCCAGUUGGUAAAGAAAAAAAAGGCUUCUUUUUCUGUGUGUGUAAACAUUCUGCUUGUUUUUAGCGUCUUAGCUCUGACUGUAAGCUAAACUUGGAUGUACUAAUGAAUUUGGUCACCUUUAAAACCAGAAAUAAUCCUCCUGCUCACCAGUUGUGGCUAUUGUUCUUCACAAGCACUAUUCAAUGUUCAUGUGCAGUAAGAUUUCAUGGACUUGUAGGUGUUUGAAAUGCUUUUGCGUGUAAAUGCUAUAAAUAUAUUUUGAUGUGCAUUGUAAGAUCAGUGAGAUUAUCUCAAGUCUUAUUAAAGACAAACAAUCA